UCUAAAACUAAAAACUCUAGGGGCUUUUCGUCAUGAGUCCUCCAGACCUUUCAUAUUUUAAAGUUAAGUCCCCAAAAUCUUUUAACAUUUGUUUUCUUUUAACUACCUUUCUUAGUUGAAGCCAUCAUCAUAUCCAGAGCUGAGCACUGCAGCAACACAUUCAGCCCACAAUCCACAUUGUCACGUGCCAACUGAUCCUGUCUUCAAUUAGUUUUACUUCUCCUGCUUCAAUUCUUCCCCUUAACUGCCUGAAUAGAAAAACAGCUGUUUCUAGCUGUAAGAUACACGCAGAAGCUAUAUCUCACUGCUAGGGGCAUUUUGUUCAAUUCUAUUGCAGCUCAACUCUAGUGAACAUAUUAUGGCCCAGUUACCACCCAAGGCCCCCAACUGGCCCAACUUCGGCCAAUCCCCCCCCUCGGCCGACGAACCUGAUCGUGGGUCCCACCGCAGGUCGGUGAGCGACUCCUUCGCCUUCUUCGAGACUCCCGUUGGCCCCAACGACAGCGAGGAAUUCGACGAUGACCAGUUUAUGUGCAUGUUUUCCGACGAUGCUCCGAUGUCACCGUCGGAUCGAAGGAAUGUCAAUGAGGAGAGAAUGGAGGUAGAACAUCAAAGUCAGAAUGAGUCUGAGGCCAGCUUUUUAGACCCCAAGAGGGUCAAGAGGAUCUUGGCUAACAGGCAAUCAGCACAGAGAUCCAGAGUGAGGAAACUGCAGUACGUUUCCGAACUCGAACGUAGUGUGACAACGUUGCAGAAUGAGGUCUCUGCAUUGUCUCCAAGAGUAGCAUUCUUGGAUCACCAGCGCUCAGUUCUUACUGUAGGAAAUAGCCAUCUCAAGCAGAGAAUUGCUGCGCUUGCACAAGAUAAGAUCUUCAAAGAUGCUCAUCAAGAGGCACUGCAGAAGGAGAUCGAGAGGUUGAGACAAGUCUACUACCAGCAAAACCUCAAGAAGAUGACUUCCCCCUCAUCAGAAGCCAAUGCUCGCCGCGUAGACAAGCAGAUAGUCAUUUGAGGCUGAACUAAUGAAUGUAUAAACAUAUAAUGUAUGUUAAUUAUCGAACUAGGAAUGCCUGUUAUUAUUUCAGUUUCUUUGUUGUAUUCUUUCUGAAUUUUAAGCUGUUUAUUCUUAAUC